CGAUAUAAUAUUGACUACGCAGUAUAUAUAUCUAUAUCUGUAAUCAUACUGGGAGGUAAAAUUGUAUGGUGUCUUGUACUACGACUACCCUAAUAUUGGAACAUUCCGCUUGUCAUGAGUGCGGAAGAGAUGCGCUGACAUUACACAAAUCAAAUCACAUAAAGGGAGAUGAGAUGAGUAAAAUUGUUGCGUGCGCUGACUAGUGAUAAUCAUAUGGCGUUUGUAUUUUUCGGUGUAAAUUAGUUUCAUUAAACAUUUUAAAAACAAUAAUUAUGACAUUUAUUAUUAUUAUUUUAUGUUUUUUUUUUUUUUUAAAUUAAUAAUAAUAGUUGUUGUAGGGGUGACGUCUGUAGUCAACCAAGUUAUAAUACGAUAUUUUAAUUUUUUAUUUUAAAAUGAUGUCCUUUUUUUCUCUUGUCUUUCUUUUUAUGGCAAACUUAGAUUACUAGCAAAACAAACUUGUGAUAAGGGUCAGAGCCAGAGCUAUUAUGACCAAGCAACAGUUCCCUUUUCAAAUGUAAAUAAUAAUAAUAGAAUGUGGUCUAGAAUGUGCACAAGAAGGGAAGGAAACGUUUAUUUGACGUGUUUGUCAGAGCUCAGCAGAGAAACUAGACACAGCUGGUCAAUCAAUCACUGGUAAGGCAUGCAGCUUGUAAGAACUUAUCCAUAGACUUGGUCAGAAAAGAGUGCUUCAUAUUUAUCUGUACAUAGAUGUUAUCAUACCACACUUCAGCAAUCAGUAGCUUACUGCGUAGCUAGAUAACGAUAGUAAGCUAGGGAUAGCGAUAAAGUGUUAAACUGACAAGUUAGCAUAAUGAACGAUAACAUGUAUGGUUUGUGAUUCAUUGUUCCGCCCCGUAUGCUACAAACACGCGUUAAAAAGCUAUGAUAGAUAGCAACGAGCUAUGUAAUUUAAUGCUAUAUUGUCAUAUACUUUACGACAAUUUAGCAGUUUAUUAUAACAUGUUUCUACUGUUAGCAUAGCUAUCCUAACUUAGCUAACCAGGUGUUUGUGUGUUACCGCUGCUCUUUGUCAUAGGCUCUCUCUUCUCUUUGUGAUGAAAAGAGAGAAACCUGAUUCUCAUGUUGAGUGUGUGUGAGAGGCUAUUAUACCACGUUACGAUAGCUAGCUAACAAAUGUUAGUUUUCCAUAUAACGUUAAUAUAAUAAUAUUAGCCUUGUGUUAGUUAUAGACAGCUACUGUUAAUACAGCAGUAUCUUACGUUAAAGAGUUGAAUUAGCUUACAAGCCUUCUUGUAUUUUGUCUUGCAGUGCCAUAAAGCGUGUAGUAGUAGUAGUUUGUUAAGAGUAUUUGUUUUUCUGUUUUCAUUUACACAGUUUCAUUUGAUCUUCCAACAAACCAAGCUCAAGAUGAGUCAUCUCAAUGUCAAGAAUGGACCACUUGCAGAUAAAAGAAAUGUGUUAGGUGUUUUUAGCAAACAUUUUAAGUCUCACUUCAAGACCCCAAUACCAGCUAACAACGCUACUGCUUGUUGCAGAUCUUGUUGUCAUGCAGAUGCAGCAGAAACUCUGCACAGUAGUGUAAUACCUGUUAAAGGGAGACGGUUGAAGACGCGCAAGGAGAGAGACCAUAAAAGGCAUGGAUGUGGUGGGCAAAAAAUUAAGUCACACUCCCGUCCUAAACAAAGUUGCAGGAGGGAGGGUAGAGAAAAGGAGCCCUGUGAAGGAUCCUGUCAACCACUCUCUUACGCACAUAAACAAAAGACAUUUGCAAAAGCUUUUGCCCCUAAAGAGCCCUCUUUUAUCACAGAGCGACGUCUCAUUGGUCACCAAGGCCUGUUCAACCAUGAAGUGAAGUCAUUUGAUAUUGAACGUCUACUGAGUGAAGAAAGGAAAGCAGAGAGAUCACAAAAGCAGUCAAACCGCACUGACAAAAAGGCUUUUUCACCUACUCUGUCUCCCACACAAAAUUCAGGUGAUGACAAGACAUGGCCUCCAAACCAAAACAAAGUGUCCAGGAAGUGCAGCAGCCAAGGAGUCUCAGCUGAGACUGGGUGUGGGGAUGUAGUCAGGGGUCAAACAUGUUGUCAAAGCGAUGACCGAGGAGACAGUGGUACAAACAAUCAGGGAUCAGGAGCUUCACCUUGCCGGAGAAAAACAGAAUGCAUGGAUCUGACUCUCUCUAAAAGCAACUCCGUUGUCGUCCUGUCCUCAACUCCCAAAAGUGCCGUGUCAAAUGACAUGCCGCAGUCGACUCCAAGGAUUUCAGUAGAAGGGUACAGUUCCCCCAAAAUGUCCUGUGCAGGGAGUCCCACUCAGCUUGCCUCUUUUGAUACAAAUGCUCAACGUUCAGAGUACACACCUAGAGGCCUAAAACCUCCAGUACCUCACCGUAAGGCACAGAGACCCCACAACAGCCCUGACUCACCCACAGCUAAAGAUGUGAGCAGUGCCAGUCCGGAUCAGAAGGCAAAGAGUGAAACAGAGAGGGAUCAGUUGGAGGCAAAAGUAGCCGGGCAUCUAAUCAGUGUUGUGGCUGGUCGCCUAUGCCAGUCUCUGGAUCGUCCACUAUUGCUGCGCCACCAUCUGUUCGCGGAGAGCAGAGCCACACUUCGACAUGCACUCCAGGAAAGACAUGGAACUCUGCUCCAGCAGAAUCUGCUGAAGCUACACACAAGGCUAGGUCUUGGACAGAGUCAAGUGGACAGCGGACAUGGCACCGGGGUGCACAAUAAAGCUUUGAAGGACAAGUGGACAGCUCUGAAUGAUGUGCAGGGCAGUGGGGCAGGGCCAGACCCUGGGCAGCAGACAUGGCUGGCCCCCCUGCAGAAGUCGAACAGCAAACGGAGGAGGAAGCAGACGCGUCCCCAGAGACGGACGCCACCCAGUCCCCUGCUUCCCCAGGGCCCCCUCAGUGAAUCACUGCAGGGCACUGACCUAAAGCAAUCACAGGCUUUGCCUUGGACUCUUAACAUGGGAACAGAGCAAGAGGUCCUUGGGGAACCAGUAAAUCCAACCUCUCAUCCAUUUUCACUGGGCCUCCAAACAACCAAUACAUUCCUGACUGGUGAUAAACCCUUCUCUUCUAAAUGGGGGCCACACACUGUAUUACCCCAGAGCUGGAACAAGAAACUUGACCAGGAGGAGAUCCACCCCCAAGCCAUGAGUAACUCAUACGAGAAAUGGAGGCAUGACCCAGAUCUGCGCUUUCUCUGCCAAAUAGAAUAUCAGGGACAGCACCAGUAUCCAUUUUCCAGUUACAGAGCCAUGCCACAAGAUGGCAGUCUCAGAGAAGCUCAGCACAUGACAGCGCAUCAGCAGUUUGACUUUAAAAGGCACCUAGCGAGUGCUUGCUCUCCUGACACUGCUCGCACCUCCCCGAAGAACCUCCAGCUCCAACCCUAUUACCUCUCUCACCAUCCACUCACCUCAACCAGCUCUUCUACCAUGUCCUACAGGCCAGACAUGAACUUUUACCCCCCUUCAGAGCUGCUGGACUUGGCUUUGUCUCCACCGAAGCGUCCCUCUGCCAGCCCAGAGGGCUGGUCCUACCCUCGGAUGAGGCUAUACUGACUGACACUAAUCUACAGGAAUCUGAUUAGGACAGAAAGCUCAGUCUGUAUCUUCUUGAGGAGUGAAACUAUGACCUGAACCAGCCAUUUUCAAUUAUGUUGCUGUUCAUCCUCGAUUCUCUGUAUUUCACCCUUAUUUGCAGUAACAAUAUUAAGUUUAGUUGGCCUCUUCAUAAACAUUUUCUGAUUGUGUUUUAUUUGUAAGCAUUUCAGUUUCCAAACGUAGAAACAUCUGAUCAAAGAACAAUUAAUUUACAGUAGGAUACUGUACAGCAGGAUAUUUACAAGGGUUUUUGUACAACAU